AAUUUGAGAAUGGCAUUGACAAAGAGGAAGGUCAUUGAGACCUGCAAAAAGGUCGUGCGGUCGUCUGACUUGAAGGUUCUGACCGUGAAGACGGCGCGUGCGCAGGUUGCCGAGGAGCUUGGUGUUGACCUCGAAGAACUGAAAUCAGAUCAAUGGAAGGACAUUGUCAAAGAUGCAAUUCAUGAGGAGGUGGACAGGUUGAACGAUGAGCCCGAAGAGGAGCUAGGAAGGGAGUCAUCACAAGGGCCAUCGCCUCCACCGAAGAUGAAGUCUGCGAAGAAGGCCCCUAAGUCACCAUCGCCUGAGCCUUCACCUGCUCCUGAAGAUGAAGAUGAAGACGAGGAUGAGGAGGUUAAGGACGUGAGCGAUGCGGAAUCCGAUAUGUCGUCCUUGAUCGACGAACCCAUGCCUACGAAGAAGAGCCGCAAGCGCAAGUCGACCAGCGGCUCCCCUUCAGACUCCGAUGACAUCCUCAACGACGCACCAAAACCAAAGAAAAAAGCCGCACCCAAGAAGGAACCCGUCAAACGCGCAAAGAAAGACUCCAAAGACUCGACCCCUGUUGACCCCGAACAAGAGAAGGUCGACAACCUAAAGAAAAUCAUCGUCGCAUGCGGAGUCCGAAAACAAUGGGUCAAAGAAUUCGCUGAUAAGCCCGACCUCGCUUCACAAAUCAAGCAUUGUCGCAAGAUCUUGUCGGAUCUUGGGAUGAAGGGUGAGCCUACGAUAUCUAAGGCGAAGACACUGCGUGAGAAGAGGGAGUUUGACGCGGAGGUACAAGCUUUGCAGGCGAAUAAAGAGGGGAAUGAGGAGGAGGAGGAGGAGGAGGAGGAGGAGGAUGCGCCGCCAAGGACGAGGGGGAGUGGGAAGCCGCCUGCGAGGAGGGCUGCGGCGCCGAGGAUUAGUUUCGCGUUUUUGGGGGAUCAGUCGAGUGAUUCGGAAUGACGAGUACAGG